ACGUUUGUACGACCAAUGAUAUUUGAAGCAGGACAUAGGGAAAUUUGAUUAGACGGAUAAAACUAUCGAAGCUAGUAAGAAAAUAUGUAGAAGGUGUGGUUAUAAAGGCUCUGAUAAGUCGAAUUGCCGUUGCAUCCUUGUAGAAAAAUAGGAAUUUUAAUAUGGGCAAGUAGGGCGAUAGAGGAAGUAAAUAAAUAGAAAUGAAAAUUGAUGGAUGUGCUUGGAUAGGGAUAUUUGGGGGGAAUGGGAAGUCUCGUGGUCUGAGCGGCAGUGGUUGCCUUUUACAAAUGGCGGCUUAGGGAGAUGCACGCUGUGCCGUUUAAUCGCGUGAUAUUUCAGUGAGGAUUUUUCUGUAUAUAGUAAAUAUAGAACGGUUUUACGUAGGGAUUGAGAAUUGGAGAGUACAUUGUAUCAUCUUUAGAGGGGAAAGAAGGAAAUAAUUGAGUUUGGUAGGCAUAAAAUCGAAGAAAAUGGGAAACGUAUUAGCAGCCUCUGCACCUCCUCCACCAUCGCCGCCACCUCCAAUCUCGGGUUUAUUGCCAAAUUUAGAAAAACCGGAUUCCUCUGUGGAAUCACAUACGUCGAAUGGAACUUCCGAUACUUUGGAAAAUCCUGGUACAAUCGAGGAACUAAAUAAGAAGUGCAAAGGUGUGUUCCCUACAAACUUUGAGGGUGCAAAACUGAUGUUCAACAAAGGCCUUAGUCAUCACUUUCAAAUUUCACAUACGAUCAGUAUGAGUUCCUUCACGCAGUCUGGAUAUAGAUUUGGAGCAACGUACGUCGGUACCCAUCAGUUGGCACCUUCGGAAGCUUAUCCGGUCCUACUAGGUGACAUUGAUCCAAGCGGAAAUCUGAACGCUACUAUCCUUCAUCAGUUUGGUCAAAGAAUAAAAGGGAAAUUAGCGACUCAAGUACAGAAAAGUAAAUUUACCGCUGUUCAAAUGGUAACGGAUUAUCUAGGCGAUGCUUAUACAAUCUCUAUGGCUUUGGGUAAUCCGGAUGUACUAAACGGUUCUGGUCUUCUGGUAAUGCAUUACCUGCAAAGUAUAACACCGUCUCUGGCGUUGGGUGGAGAACUGGCUUAUCAGCGAGGCCCUGCCGUGCCAGGAGGUCAACUGGCUGUACUCUCAGCCGCUGGAAGGUAUACGAACGGGGACUCGACGAUUAGCGGUAGUUUAGGUUCAGCCGGGUGUCUGGUUUGUUUCCAUCAGAAAGCAAGCCAACAAUUACAAGUUGGUGUGGAAUUGGAAAUAAAUUGCAAACUACAGGAAUCGACUGGAACUAUUGCGUAUCAAAUUGAUUUACCCAAGGCCGAUUUAGUAUUCAAAGGAAGCGUAGAUACAAAUUGGACAGUGGCUGCUGUUUUGGAAAAGAAAUUGCAACCAUUACCGUUUACGUUUGCGUUAAGUGGUAUGAUAAAUCAUGAUAAACAACAGUUUAGGCUGGGCUGUGGUUUGAUAAUUGGUUAAGGGUAGAACGUAGUCUAGUACGGGUCACGUACGUAAUCUAGCCAAAUGACGAGAAGGAAAGCAACGGAGUAUCACGACUUUUCUGUGGGUACUGUUGAAGAGAAGCUUGUAACUAAUAUCGACAAUACCGAUACCGAUACCGAUACCGAUACCGACUCCCUUCUGUUUGUUGAUUACCUCAUCCGCUCACCAUCGUGUUUAUAAGAUCGUUUUGUUUGUUUAUUUUUUAUUAAAGAAACACCGUACCAACAGGUCUUUCCGAAUGUGUAUAUUCUUUUAGUAUCUAAGGCGUUAAUUGUUCUUUUGUGCAUAAUAAGUAUUGGUCGAUGAACGGAUUAAAUUGUGGAAUGGUAGCGCGACAGUUGCGGCUUUUGCAUAGUUUUCGAUUUCCACUACGUAUCGAGGAAUUCUGAUCGAUCCUGACCCCCGUCCG